AUGAUAAUCUUAGUAUUGUCAGCCAUUGGAUCUCGUUUCAUACGUGGUCGAUCUCGAUUUUUUUCGACUCUUUUCCUAAUUUUAUUUUUCUUUCGAUUUUCUUUUGUUUUUCUCUUACAUUUUUCACUAAUCCCUUUAUUUUACACUUUUGUCCUUUAUUUUCUUUCUUUCUUUCUUCUUUUCUUUCUUUCUUCCUUUCUUUCUUUCUUUCUUUUUAAGAACAUUUUCCUUUUCUCCUUUUCCUUUGUCUAUCUUUCUUUUAACUUAUGGCCUUUUUUAUUUUCUUCUUUUUCUUUAUCUUUCUUUCUUUCCUUCUUUCUUUUUUAUUCUUUCUUUCUAAAUUACUUUUCCCCUUUUUUUUCUUCCUCUCCCACUCACUUCAUUUCUAUUACUUCCCCCCUCCCUUUAAAUGGAAAUCUAUCCACAGAUUACGGCCACGAGACACGCAAGCGACCAGGGAAUUUCGCAGCAAACGCCAUUGCUUGUGACAGCACUAGGCAGUCACUUCUAAUUUAUGCCUGUCCUUUCUUAUCUAUCUAUCUAUCUAUCUAUCUAUCUAUCUAUCUAUCUAUCUAUCUAUCUAUCUCAAAUCUAACCACUUAUUUUACGAUAUCAACCCCUUCAAAUCUAUGUCUGUCACUAUCUAUCUAUCUAUCUAUCUAUCUAUCUAUCUAUCUAUCUAUCUAUCUCAAUUCUCUCAUAUCUCUCUAUUCCUCAAUCAUUCUAUUUAGCUUGCAGUCUCAUCUAUCUAUCUAUCUAUCUAUCUAUCUAUCUAUCUAUCUAUCUAUCUCAAUUCAUCUAUCUAUCUCAUUUCUCAAUCAUUCUAUUUCUAGCAGUUCAUCAAUCAUCUAUCUAUCUAUCUAUCUAUCUAUCUAUCUAUCUAUCUAUCUAUCUAUCUAUCUAUGA